UUGUGUGUGUGUGUGUGUACAUAUAUAAUGCUGAUAUUGUUUAAAUUUUAUGUUAAAUCAAAUUCUUUUAGUGCCUCAAUGAUGGGACUCCAGAAGUGAGGGAUGCAGCCUUUUCUGCUUUGGCAGCAGUGGCUAAGGUGGUUGGCAUGAGGCCUUUAGAAAAAUCGUUGGAGAAACUGGAUGACGUUAGAAAAAAGAAGCUUUCAGAAAUGAUUGGGGGUUCUGGAGCUGGUUCAGUUGGUUCAAUCUCAGUUACAGUUCAAACUUCUAGUGGAAGCAUUUCUUCUGCAGCGGUUUCUGAAGGAUCAUUUGUCAAAAAAUCGGCAGUAAGCAUGCUUAGUGGGAAGAAACCUGUUCAGGCUGUUCCUGCUAGUAAGAAAUGAGGGGCUGUAAAAUCGGGUGUCAAUAAGAAAGGAGAUGCUGUUGGACAGUUAAAAACAUCCAAACCAGCUGAACCUGAAGACGUUGAGGAAUGGUGAUUGACACUUUGUUAUUCCUUUUCAUGCAUGUGGGGGACUCCAAAACUUGUGCAGAAAAUGCCUACCAUACAGGUAAAUCUAUGGAUUUGGUUUUAACUUGGAUGAUUUUCAUGAUUUUC